AUGGACACGCGCACGCCUUCGCCUGCGCCGAAGAUCAUGUCCAACGAGAGCAAUGGCGAUCCGAAUUACAAGCCGGAUUUGAGCGCGGAAGUGGCCUUGCUCAGCACGAAGCUCGUGAAUGCCAUAAAUUACCAGACAAACUUGGACGACUCGCUGCAGCAGACGCGACAUGAGUUGGAGCAGGCGCGGCAGGAAAUUGCGACUCUCACGGCGGAGAAGCAACGCAUGGACGAGAUGGUGACGGGCGGCGUGCUUGUGAAAAAGGCUGAUGUUGAUAAGACCAUCGCCAGACUCAGGGCAGAGCUGUCCAGAGAGAAAUCGGCCCGGGAAGCAGCGGAGAAGGCUAAGAAGCAGGUUGAAGGUGAGCUGGAGAAUUUGACCAGCGCACUUUUUGAGGAGGCGAACAGUAUGGUGGCGGCAGCGCGGAGGGACACCGAAGCUGUGGAGAAGAGAAAUGCCCAGCUGAAGGCACAGUUGCAAGACACCGAGAUGCUCAUGUCUUCACAGCAGGAGCAAUUGCAGGAUCUCAAAGGCACGAUGGAAAAGCUUCAAGAGCAGUCACCAUCCAUACGACCAAAUGACCCGAGCAUACCAUCAACGCCGAUCACCACCAACCACACCAUGUUCGAUGCUUUGCAAGCUUCUCCAAAUGGCGCAGACCUGGAACAGUUCCCGGAGCAUCCACUUCACUUCUCACACCUGAUAUCGCCAGUGCUGAGAAGUGACAUUGCUGCUUUCAACGACUUCCAGGACCUCUUGUUGCUUGCCAGGCGACUUGGAGUGCAUUCCAGGAGCAACAGCAGCCAAGCCAGUCAGGUUGCGUACAAUGCACAGCCAAACACUAACAUGUCUUCACCGUCACCGAAUUUGCCUGGCUCCUUCUCCUUUGCGACUUCAAGCCCGACAUCAGCAUAUAACAGCGCUUCGAACAUUCCUCCUCUCAAGGAUAGCAAAUUCUAUAAGCGUGUGCUCACCGAGGAUAUUGAGCCGACUCUGAGGUUAGACCUGGCACCUGGACUAUCCUUCCUGAGCAGGAGGACUGUGCUCGGCGCACUUCUGCAAGGCACUCUAGCUGUCGAGCCUUACCCGCAGAACAAGCACUACUUUGCUUGCACGCUUUGUGGCGAGAGCAGAAGGAGCGAGCCGUACGUACGAAAGUACCGAUUCAGGACCUCGGAGGAGGACAAUGUCUCCAAGCCAAUCUGCGACUUUUGUGUGUCUAGGCUGCGGGCGAGCUGCGAUUUCGUAGGCUUCUUACGAAUGGUCAAAGAUGGACAUUGGAAGUGUGAAUCCGAAGAGGACCAAAAGUCUGCUUGGGAAGAGAGCGUCAGACUACGUGAGAAAAUGUUCUGGUCGAGGGUUGGUGGAGGCGUAAUUCCAUGCAUCCAUCAA